AUGCGUAACGACGCAUAUGUAUGCGGUAUUGCUCUUUCCGUAGAUGGAUAUAUGAAUAUCUCCUUUUCAAAUGCUGUAUAUUGCGAUUCACAGGGAAAUGAAUUUUACUUUGAGAAUAUUUUUGUACAGUCUCGUAACAUAAGAUAUGUUCAUAUACCUGAAAACAUAUCCAUAUUAACUAAUAUUAAAAAUGAAGUCUCUAAAGAUAUUAAGAGAGUGCCGAAGAAACCAACCGAAAAAUCAAGAAAAGCUACAAAAGCUCUCCAGCAGCACAUGCAGGUUGUUGCAUCACUA